AUGCAACCAAUACAGCAGUUAAAAUCGGAUAUUGUACUAGCACCAUCUCCACAUCCAACAAUCAGUUCUAUUGUCGGAAAAGAAAACAAUGAGCCAUCUACACCUUUAUCGAUCAAACGAAAACAAGUAUUAAUUAAUGAAAAGAAUACAAAUAUUCUACAAUUAUGGGAUCAAAAAUUACGUUUAUCAAAUGAUCGAAUGGAGGCUUAUGCUCUUAAUGAAAUGGCAAAUAUUGAACGAUUACGUAAUGUUGAACAAUGUAUAACUUCUACAGUUGAUGAAAUUACAAAUGAAUUUAAACAACGUAUUCAAUCGGUUCUUUCAGAUAAUCAAUUAUUAUUAACACAAGUACCGCAUACAUUAGCACCAUCAACUCUUUUUAAAGAUGGACAACAAAUGACAAGUGAAGCAUUUUUUGAUGAGAUGAAUAAACGUUAUUUUACUAAUGAUAAAUCAUUUGAAAAAUAUGCUGAAACAAUAGAAUUAUUUCGAUCAACAUAUUUAAUAUUAAAAAAAAAUAAUGAUCAAUUACGAACACAAAUGAAAAAUCUUGAUAUAAAUCAAGAAUUACUCAAAAUGCAAGAACAAUUAGAAAAUAUUUUAUUAGAACGCGAUAGUUAUAUAUCAUUAUAUACAAUGGCUAAAAUACGUGCUGAAAAAGCUGAAGAAAAAAAUAAAAAAACUCAUGAACAACAACAAUCAAUUGUUGAAUUACUUGUUGAAAAAUUUGGUUUUAUUGAUCGUAUACUUGAUACAAAUACAUUAUUAGCACGUGAUUUAUUUAAACCUGAUACAAAUAUUGAAAUAUUUAUUAAUUUUAAUGUACAAUUAAGUACAGGUGAACAAGGUUAUAUUGAAACAGCUGAAGGUUGUCCAUCAGGAAAAUUUAAAAUUUGUAUACCAAAUGGUGUUUCAUCUGAAACAAAAGAAUUAAUAAUGAAAAAUGAUGAUGAAUCAAUAGAACCAGUUCGUGUUAUUCUUAAAUUUCGAAAAUAUCUCUUUCAAUCUGAUAUUAACUUAGAUCAAACGAAUUAA